AUGAGUAAGAAGCAUCCUCAGAUGCUUCAGUGCAAUCCUGAUCCUCUGGAGGAGAAAGCGGAAUAUUUGGUGGGGGAGAUGGGACGCGACCUUGAUGAGCUAUUGGAUUUCCCUGCAUUUCUUGGGUACAAGCUCGAUAGUAGAAUUAAGCAUAGGUACGAGGUGAAGAAGAAGAUUAUAGGUGAAGGAAUGUCAAUCAACAAGCUGCUCAGUGUAUUAUCUGAGAGAUUUGCAAAGAAGAAGGAUGGCCAAUUGAUUCCAAGAGUGGAGUUUCUCCUAGAACUUAGGGGAGGAGAUGAAGAUGCCACUGGGGCAUUGUUGCGUGAACUUCCUGCCAUUUUGAAAUACCAUGUGGAACACUUGGAAAGCCAGGUAGAGAUAUUGAGGUCAGUUGCAGGGUUAGAUGAUCAAGAAAUAUUAAGGAUCGUACUUGUGUUUCCUUACAUUGUUAAUGCGAGCAAGGAGAGGAAAUUGUGUCCCAGAAUUAGUUUUCUUAAAGAAUGUGGACUGAACUCUAAUGAGAUUUUUAAGUUCUUGACAAAAGCCCCUUUGGUUUUGGGUCUAUCUUUUGAGGGGAACAUUGCUUAUAAGCUUGGUUUUCUGGUGAAAAUUGUUUACAAGUACGGAACAAAGGAAUUCGAGGUUGCAAUAGGUGCUGUGAGUAGGACAAGUUGUGAGAAUGUGCAGAAGGUGAUUGAGCUCUUCUAG